GUAGUGCGAAUUCUUGUCGAAGAAGCUGGAGCAAAUAUAAACCAGACCACUAAUACAAGUAGUACACCACUUCGAGGAGCUUGCUACGAUGGCCAUUUGGAGAUAGAAGGACAUUUGCACGAUCUAUUGUUCAUUGUACUUCGAGAGUUGCGUGGUGUUAUACGUAUAGCUCAAAAUGUCACGUUAUUUCGUUGUAGAACGCUGAGCAAUCCUUCGCCUAAGUGUUUAUUCAACAGCUGGUUGAAGUCUACCUCACGCGCUAUUACACUGCAUGAGCAUCUCCACUGUCAGUAG